CUCGUCUUCACUCUCAGCAGGAGGUUUUAGAGGUAAAUCUGUUUUUGUUGAUUGAUUACAUAUUUGUUAAUUAUGUUUUUAUGAUUGAUAGAACACAGGAGGUCUUGUUUCUCUACAUUCAGAACUCUGAAGGUGCUUUUCUGUGAGCAGAUACUGUUAACCUCUAAUCCUCCAGACCACAUUCAAAUGUAGGGUUUGUAAAACGGGUUGAGACUUUAAAACCCUGGUUCCUGGCCUGAGUACAUUAUGUAUUCAGUGUAAUCAAUGAUUCUACUACUUGUACGUCUUGACUGUCAGAUGGCAGAUCCAGACUCUGAGGCUCCACAGAGGGAACACUUGCCCAUUCUUCCCCCAGUCAGCAGCCCUGAACACGGGCUGAGCGCCUGUGCUCCUUCCCCGGACAAGGAGCUCCGGGCAGGAGGGCAGGGAGUCCAGGACGGCCCUGAGGAGGAGGAGGAGGAAGGAGGAGGAGGAGCCAGUACCAAACCUAGACCUUCUCUGCUUCAUGUCCACAGACAUGUGAUUGGCAGAGGACAUCGGCGAAUAGGAGGCCAGAACCUGAGAGCCAUUGAUCACAUGUCUCCUCCGCCGGCUGCUCCGUCCCCGAUCACCGUCACCUCUGUGUCCGGUAGUAGGACGGUGCUGUUGUCCAAUGAGGCGAGGAGAGAGAUGGCGAAGCAGGCCAGAGCCGCGAAGGAGGAGAGAAGAGCGACGCUGGACGCCCGGCACAGAUACUUGAUCAGCAGGUUGGUGGACGGCGGGACGCCGGGGGAGCCGGAGGUGGAGGACUCCCUCAUCUCUGAUGACAAGUUCAGCCUGGUUGAUGAUUUCUUCGCUGCCAACGGAUCCAAGAAGCUGAUUUUCUUUUAUCAGGAUGUGAAGCAGGUGAACCGGUGCUUCUUUCUCUUCCCUCGUUAUCUGCCGUUUCCUCGCCAUCGUUUGUCUCACCGUGCUCUGACUUGUGUUUCUGCUCAGAAUCGGUCCUCCGGUCCCUCGUCCUCCGUGGAUCAGAGGAAACUCUUCCUCACCACAGGGAGCUCUGAGGUACAACUGUUCUUUAACAGUCACAGAAAGGAGCCGAAUCAGGAACCUUACGUCUUGUUUUGCGCGUUCCUGUUUGACUUUCUGAAAACCAAUGUGUGAACGAGUGGGGUUACUUCAUGUGGGGGUUUUUGAUUUAAGGACGGGGACUAAGUUUAGAACCAGGUCAAACCACAAGGAGAGUUCCUACGAAGUUUCACGGGUUCCUGGAGAGUUUCAUGCUGCAGAGCAGCAGAAAGGAACAAGUGGAGACCAGGUGUAACCGAGAGAUGCUUCAUGAGUGCAUGUCUGUCAUCUGAUAUUUAGUUUCACUCUGAGCUCAGAACACUGCUGCCCCGCCUGUUUAAUCUCCAUUGUCCUGCCUCAGAGGUAAUAACUGCUCUGCUUCAGUCUGUGAGGCGUUGCUAUGGAAGAAAAUGUUGCUUGUUUUGGCGGUGAGCCAGGUGACACCAAACACCUGCAGCACACAUUACACAGUGUUAAAAACCAACCAACCACUUCUGCUUCUCUUCAACCAAACAAUCAGAGCAAACACAUUGAUAAUGGUACUAAUACAUUCUGAUUAAUUAGUACAUUUGUAUAUUCAGCUAUCUAAAAGUUUAGUUUUAGACGUAGAGACGUCGUAUACGUCUCUGGUAGAGACCUGUCAAUCACCGUGUAGCCUCGCCCUAAA